GGCGCGGGCAGCCCGACGCGGGGUCCUGGCACGGGCGCGGCGCGGGGCGCGGGCUCUCAGGCGGCUGUGGCCCGGGUGGCUGCGAUGCUGUGGCCGCGGCUGGCGGCCGCCGAGUGGGCAGCGCUGGCCUGGGAGCUGCUGGGCGCCUCGGUGCUGCUGAUCGCCGUGCGCUGGCUGGUGCGGCGGCUGGGCCCGCGGCCGGGGGGCCUGGGCCGCAGCGGGACCCCCGUUCCUCCGCCGCGCGCGGCCGCGGCCCCCGCCUCAGGUGAAAUGACAAUGGAUACCAUCUUGGCUCGAUUGAAACUUCUGAAUCCAGAUGACCUUAGAGAGGAAAUCAUCAAAGCUGGAUUGAAAUGUGGACCCAUUACAUCAACUACAAGGUUUAUUUUUGAGAAAAAAUUGGCUCAGGCUUUACUGGAUCAAGGAGGAAGACUGCCUUCUUUUGACCACCAUGAGACAGCUGCCGUAGCUCUCAGCCAAGACACACAAAGGAUUUUGAAGUCAGCUGAAGGGAACCCAACUGAUCAGGCUAGUUUUUCUGAAGACAGAGAUUUUGGUUACAGUGUGGGCCUGAAUCCUCCAGAGGAGGAAGCUGUAUCGUCCAAGACCUGCUCGUUGCCCCCCAGCACUGUGGCGGGGGCCGGGAUCCCCAGAGCUGGAGUGACUGAGUCUACGGAGCCUCCUCUGUACUAUGGGGUGUGUCCAGUGUAUGAGGACAUCCCAGCAAGAAACGAAAGGAUCCAUGUUUACAUAAAUAAAAAGGAAGCACUGCAAGCUGUCAAAAUGAUCAAAGGGUCCCGAUUUAAAGCUUUUUCAACCAGAGAAGAUGCUGAGAAAUUUGCUAGAGGAAUUUGUGAUUAUUUCCCUUCGCCAAGCAAAACAUCCUUACCACUUUCUCCUGUGAAAGUAGCACCACUCUUUAGCAAUGAUGGGUCGAAAGAUGGUUUGUGCUUGUCUGAAUCAGAAACGGUCAACAAAGAGCGAGCCAACAGUUACAAAAAUCCCCGCACGCAAGACCUCACUGCCAAGCUUCGGAAAGCUGUGGAGAAGGGAGAGGAGGACACCUUUUCUGAUCUCAUCUGGAGCAACCCCCGGUAUCUGAUUGGCUCAGGGGACAACCCAACCAUCGUGCAGGAAGGGUGCAGGUACAACGUGAUGCAUGUUGCCGCCAAGGAGGACCAGGCUUCCAUCUGCCAGCUGACUCUGGACGUCCUGGAGAACCCCGACUUCAUGAGGCUGAUGUACCCCGAUGACGACGAGGCCAUGCUGCAGAAGCGCAUCCGUUAUGUCGUCGACCUCUACCUGAACACCCCCGACAAGAUGGGCUAUGACACACCGUUGCAUUUUGCGUGUAAGUUUGGAAAUGCAGACGUAGUCAAUGUGCUUUCGUCACAUCAUUUGACUGUAAAAAAUCCAAGGAAUAAAUACGAUAAAACACCUGAAGACGUAAUUUGUGAAAGAAGCAAAAACAAAUCUGUGGAACUGAAGGAGCGGAUCAGAGAGUAUUUGAAGGGUAAGAUGGGGAGUCAGUGCCUGGAUUUUGGGGUCCACGCUGGGAAGGGCCUUGGAGUGUUGCGAGAAUGGAGCACAGCUUUCUUUCCGAGCUCCCGGGCAUAUGCCAGCUUUCCUUGGAAGCCUCUUCUCGGAUCACCCUUUCUUCUGAGCUCUCCCAGCUCACUUUGCACCUCUUUUCCUAUUAUCUCUUCUCUGAAGUCUUGUAUCUGUCCCUUGAGCUUUUUGCAAGAUAACUUUGCGGAAGAUUUUCGCAAACUCUGGAAGACUCCACCUCGAGAGAAAGCAGGCUUCCUUCACAACAUCAAGAAAUCGGACCCAGAAAGAGGCUUUGAGAGAGUGGGGAGGGAGCUAGCUCAUGAGCUGGGGUAUCCCUGGGUUGAAUACUGGGAAUUUCUGGGCUGUUUUGUUGAUCUGUCUUCCCAGGAAGGCCUGCAAAGACUGGAAGAUUAUCUUACUCAGCAGGAAAUAGGCAAAAAGGCUCAACAAGAAACAGGAGAAAGGGAAGGCUGCCGAGAUAAAGCCACCACGUCUGGCAGCAAUUCCAUUUCCGUGAGGGCGUUUCUAGAUGAAGAUGACAUGAGCUUGGAAGAAAUAAAAAAUCGGCAAAAUACAGCUAGAAACAAUGGCCAGCCCAGGAUGGGUGCUUUUGGAAACGCGGGGUGCAGCGCCUUCCCCUCGGAGCAGGAGGCCGACCUCAUAGAAACCUCAGAGCCAGGUGGUCUGUGCAGCGGCAGAAAUGGGCUCUGCCCUCCUCUGAGUCACAGCAAGACCAUGGAGGGCAAGAACGCAAAGGCACCCCGCGGGGAGGAAGCCCGUUUGCCACCUGUCACCGGUUUAACUGCUGAGUUUGAUAAACUGAAUUUGCAAAAUCUAGGAAGCAGUAUUUCUAAGACACCAGAUGAAAAUAUGAAAACUAAAGAUAAGAUCCCAACUUCAAGAAUCGAUGCAGUAGGAAGUGACUUGGAGGCGGCUUCUCCUGCAGACCAACUCGGGAAUGACCAGGGGAGGACAGAGUGGGAAAUGUCAGCCAGGAUUGCUAGAAUGUCUUUGGGCCCCAGCUGCCCAGGGCACGAGGAUCAGCAGCUCGAGCUCACGAGGGAAUCAGCCAGGCGGCUCUUCCUUUUUGGAGAGGAGCCGUCAAAACUAGAUCAGGAUGUUUUGGCUGCUCUUGAAUGUGUGGACGUGGACCCCCAUCAGUUCCCGGCUGUGCACAGAUGGAAGAGUGCUGUCCUGUGCUACUCGUCCUCCGACAGACAGAGUUGGCCAAGCCCCGCGCUGAAAGGAAAGUUCAAGUCUUGGCUGCCGGAUCUCAGCAGACCUCACAGCUACAGUCCAGGGAGAAAUGGUGCAGCCGGGAGCAGCCCCAGAAAGCCGGGCCCGGGCAGCCCUGGGCGCUACAGCCCCGUGCACGGGAGCCAGCUCCGCAGGAUGGCGCGCCUGGCCGAGCUCACUGCCCUGUAGGCUCAUAGCUGGGGCUCCUUUCACUCUUCAUUUUUAAAGGAAGAAGGGUCAUAUGUUUAUUGCUAAAAUGUCACAAAGGAGUAUAUUCUUAUUAAAUUAUUAAUCCUCACUUUCAGGGUGUGAGAA